GUCGUGGAUGCGGAAAGAUAUAUUGUCCCAAAUCCCUCUACGGUUUGGAAGCUUACCAUCACAUGUACCUAAUCUUUUUGUGCCUGCCAAACCCGCUCCCGGAACUUUUCGACCUUUUACUCCCUUUGUUUCUUCCUCACUAGCACAACAGCUAUGGGGAAUUCGUCGAGCUCUGAGGAGCAGCAAGUGCCAUCGAAAUUGCCUGAUCUGGGGGACAAUGUUCUAUCCUGGAAGAAGCAUUCGGCAUACGUCACGCUUGUCGAAAAGAUUCGAGAGAAGAGUCCUGCCGUACGGAAACUGAAUGACAGCCAAAUCGGGGCUCUCUUCCUAUGCAGGCAGGCUGCCGACGAAGCUUGCAGCGAUGCAGUCUUUGACCGUCGCAAGUUUGCCGAAACAUGCUUAACAAUCGCCCAAGCCGAAUCGAGCUCCAGAAACCUCCCCCACGAGAAUCAUGCAACGGCAGUCGGCAUUUACCAGCAGACCAAGACAUUUGGCCAGCGGGAUAUCAAAGGUCAUUGGAAAGAAACUCUUUCCAAAGAAACACGGCUCCACAUCAAGGAAAGUACGGGUCGUAUAUAUCGGAUCAUGAACAACGAGCAGAAGGACUGGAGAGACAAAGAUAUUGUCGACGUGUGCUAUAGAAUUCAGGUGUGCGAAAAGGAAAAUAAGGGUAUCUACUCUGACAAAGAUCGCAUCGAGGUUUCUCGAACGAUUGCAGGGGCAUUCUACCCAGACCAACCGUCGAUGAAGUCGAGAACAUAUCCAGAGCCAACCCGAUGA